AUGACACGGCGACAUUUGACUGGGCGUGUAAAGAAGCUUCGUGCAGCCGAUGGGCAACUCAAACAGGAGUCGCGUUCCGCAGGUCAUGGGUAUGCGCGGGCAUCAGCGCGUGAGACAUCGCGUGAGACAUCGCGUGAUACAGCGCAUGUCGCUGGACCACACGUACACGCGUUACUGCGCGCGCUAAUUAUCAAGUCUUUCUUUCUUUUUUCUUCGAUGUGCCUUGACACUUUCUUUCUCUUUUUCUUUAUUUAUAUCUUUCUUUUCUUCAAAUAUUUGUUUGUUCCUUUUUUGUGUCCUGACUUUCGUCUCGAACUUUCUUUCUUUCUUUCUUUCUUUCUUUCUUUCUUUCUUUCUUUCUUUCUAUAUUUGUGUAUUCCUUUUUUAUGUCCUGACUUUCGUCUCGAACUUUCUUUCUUUCUGUAUUUUUUUAUUUUGUCCUUCCUUUCUUUUGUCCUUUUUUUUUUUUGCAUCUUGGCAUUUCUUUCUUUCUUUCUUUCUUUCUUUCUUUCUUUCUUUCUUUCUUUCUUUAUUUCUUUCUUUCUUUAUUUCUUCUGCUCUUCUCUCCAUUUUUUUCAGUGUAUUUACACAGGAUUCCUCCCACCAACAUAUUCACCUAAUACAAUUCAAACCAUUUGA